AUGUCCCCGCUAGCGUCUUUCCACAAAAAAGUCGUAUCUUCCUCUUUCGACAGCAUUCGAAUAUCACCUCGCGUGCCUACAGGGUCAUCUUCAGAAAUUGAACUCAGUUUAUUGUCUGAGGAGGAACGAACGAGUGCUGGGCGAGACCUCCAAGAUGGUGACACGCAAUUUCUUGCAGACGCAACAAAAAAGACGGUUAUGUCCUCUAGAGACAGAAAGGCAAUGACGCUUUUGAUCAUCCUCUAUUUAAUCCAAGGAAUUCCUCUGGGUCUUGCCCUUGGUUCCGUUCCGUUCAUUCUCCGAGAACACCUAUCAUAUUCACAACUUGGCGUGUUUGCAUUAUCUAACUACCCAUAUUCGCUCAAGCUAUUAUGGUCCCCUAUCGUUGAUUCAACAUUUCUUCCUUCCAUUGGUCGCCGAAAAUCGUGGAUAAUUCCCAUGCAACUCAUAAUUGGCUCCUUAAUGCUCUACAUAGCAGCAAACGUGGGGAGAUUGAUGGAAAAUCCUGCGGAUAACAUAUACGAACUUACUUUUGUGUUCACGUCACUAGUACUCUUUUCUGCAACGCAAGGUGCUUCAGGAUGGGCUUUGACGCUUCUCUCUCAGGAGAAUCUUUCCUACGCGUCUACCUGCCAGACAAUUGGGUUGAACACAGGCUUCUUCGCUUCUUUUACCGUUUUCUUGGCGCUGAACAGCGAAGCAUUUGCUGAGAGAUGGGGUAUUCCGCGCCUCACGUUAAGCACAUAUCUACGUUUAUGCAGCCUCUUGUGCUUUGGAGUAACUUUUUGGCUGACCUUCUUUGAAAAAGAGGGCAAGGAGUCAUUAGAUGAAUCAGAAAUGACUGUCACAUCCGUUUACAAGACUAUAUGGAACAUCUGCAAGCUCAAGCACGUCCAGGCGCUCAUCAUCAUGCACUUCUUCGCAAAAAUCGGAUUUCAGGCCAAUGAGGCAGUCACCAGUUUGAAAAUGAUUGAGAAGGGUUUAGGUCGCGAAGACCUUGCUAUUGUUGUCCUCAUAGAUUUUCCUUUCCAAAUAUUGGGAGGUUGGUUUGCGGCGAAGUGGUCUAGCGGCGACAAGCCACUCCGUCCUUGGAUAUGGGCAUUUUGGCCCCGACUAGCAUUUGCCUUCGUGUCGACGCUCAUUGUUUACUGGUUCCCGACGCCCCCGCUUUCAUACGGGUUUUUCAUCUACCUUAUCAUCCACACAGUGCUACAGGGACUUGCAUCGACAAUUCAGUUCGUUGGAAUUUCAGCAUUCCACACCAGAAUAUCUGAUCCUCUCAUUGGAGGGACCUACAUGACGUUACUCAACACGUUUACUAAUCUAGGAGGAACGUGGCCGAAGUAUUUUGUAUUGAAAGGCGUCGAUUUCUUUAGCGAGGCGUACUGUGAAGUGAAGGACGCGAACAGCGACGUUCUGGUAAGAGCUGCUGAAUGCGUCUCUGAUCACGGUAAGGAGGUCUGCACGGAUAUUAAUGGGGAAUGCAUCACGGAGCGUGAUGGAUACUACUACGUUUCGGCUAUAUGCAUGACAUUUGGCGUGCUGUUCCUAGGGUUUUAUAUCAUUCCCACUGCACGCAAACUACAAGCCCUCCCUGUGUACAAAUGGCGAAUCAAUCCAGAGUGAGAGUGAAUGGGGAAGUUGGCUGUUGUUCGUUACUUAUUCUAAUAUUACUGGAUGGUAGAUAGCUCGUGCUUCGUUUCACAAGUUGAUCUAUGUACCACUGGUUGUUGUUGAGGUGGCUGUCGCCUGCCCUAAAUUCAGAUCGCGUCCAUAUCCUAUUUUCCACGGAA